UGGCUUCAAUCCGGCCGAUGCUUGCUGCUGCAGGGGUUCAUACGGCCUCGUGGUGUCGUAUUCCUUUAAUCCAACAAUAACAACUCUGUUUUUAAUAGAACUUGCAAGAAAAAUUAACGUUAAAUCAUCAUGGAUGUUGGAGAGCUUCUCUCAUUCAAGCCUGAGAUGGCAGUGAAACGAGCUCAAGAAGAAGAAGAAGAAGAAAAAGAACGACCUGGGAGGAAGCGAGGAAGGCUGGAAUCCAGAGGAUUAGGUCCACAGCCACCAACCCCCAACAUUGUCCCUACGGUGAAUUCUGCACGUACUCGUCAAAUUGUGGAAGAAAAGUUACAGCAACUUGAGGAACAGGAGGAUCCUGAUGAAGCCGAGGGUCCUCUGGAUGAAUCAAAACUCAAGAAGAUGAUUCUUGGAUUUGAGAAAAGAGUAUUGAAAAACCAGGAGCUUCGAAUAAAAUUUCCUGAUGAUCCAAGGAAGUUUAUGGAGUCUGAAAUUGAUCUGAAUGAUGCAGUAGAAGAGUUGCAUGUAGUGGCAACUGUGCCAGAGCUUUACCCAGUGUUGGUAGAGCUGGGAAUGGUAAAGAGUUUGCUUGCUCUCCUCAGCCAUGAUAACACUGACAUAGCCAUAGCAACUGUUGAUCUUCUCCAGGAGAUGACUGAAGUGGAGGACUUGCAGGAGGAAACUGGAGGUGAGGCAGUCAUUGAAGCUCUGCUGGAGGGUCAAGUUAUCACCAUCUUGGUCCACAAUCUCCAGCGCUUGGAUGAAACUCUUAAACCAGAAGCUGACGGUGUUCAUAAUACCUUAGGAAUUAUUGAAAAUCUUGCUGAGGUGCGUCCAGAGAUCUGCAGUGAAGCUGGACCAGGUGGUCUCUUAGCUUGGCUACUGAAGCGACUUCGCACUAAACUACCUUUUGAUGCUAAUAAAUUGUAUGCUUCAGAAAUCCUAGCUAUUUGUGUCCAAAGCCAUCAGGAAAAUUGCCUUCUUUUGGGAGAGAUGGAUGGUAUUGAUGUGCUCCUUCAGCAGUUGGCUGUGUACAAGAGACAUGACCCUUCUACUAGUGAAGAGCAGGAGAUGAUGGAGAAUCUCUUUAAUACUCUCUGUUCAUGUUUAAUGCUUGUGAGCAACCGUGACCUCUUCUUGCGUGGUGAAGGUCUACAGUUAAUGAACCUUAUGCUCAGAGAGAAAAAACUGUCACGUAACGGAGCAUUACGGGUUUUGGAUCAUGCGCUCACAGGUUCAGAAGGUGCUGACAACUGCAACAAAUUUGUAGAGAUCCUGGGCUUGCGAACCAUAUUUCCACUAUUCAUGAAGACUCCAGGCAAGCAUGGGAAAAAAGGACUCAAUAAAGAUCAGCAUGAGGAGCAUGUAGUCUCCAUCAUCAUGUCCCUCCUGCGUAACUGCCGUCCCAACCAGCGGACACGACUUAUCAACAAAUUCACCGAGAAUGAUCACGAGAAAGUUGACAGGCUAUUGGAGCUACACUUUAAGUACUUAGAGAAAGUACUAGCUACCAACUAUGCACUUGAAGAACAAGCCAAGGCUGAGAAUUUAGGUGAAGAUGACCUGUAUUUGAGGCGAUUGGAUGGGGGUUUGUUUACCUUACAGUUGGUUGAUUACAUCAUGCUGGAUGUGUGUGCCACUGGACCACCAUCCAUAAAAAGAAGAGUUCUUAAAAUUCUUAACCUCCGUAAUGCUUCUGUCAAGACUAUUAAAAACAUAAUGAGAGAGUAUGCAAGCAACUUAGGAGAUAAUAGCAGUUCUGAAAGUCAGGCAGAAGAGCAAGACAGAAUAUUGGAUCUUCUUGAUAAAUUCCAGAACACUUAAUACACAAGGAAUACUUGUCAUACAUACCAAUUGUGCUCUUUUUCAGAGACUCCAGCAUUCACUGUUAUUGUUUGCAGUUAAUAUGCUCAUUAAGGAGAAAAGCCUAGCAAAAUAUAUUUUCCAAAUACUUGAGCUAAAACUUAAAUAAGUGUUGAAGGUUAAGGUUCUGCUCAGUGUUGCUACCACUUCUGUGGAUUUUUUCUCAAGUAUAGUUUUCACAAUGUGUGUAAUUUUAAUUGGCAAAUUUUAUUUAGAUUUCCUUUUGGUGUCUACUCAUUUUUAGACAUACUGUAGUUACACAAGUAAUGAAAAUAUGAACAUUUUUAAAUUAUGAUUUAUAUUCUCAAGUGCAGAACUGCCAAAAACUAGAAAUACUUUAAUGUAAUAAUGUUAUAUGCUCUUACAAUCUCCUAUUUCCAUAAGUUGACUUCCUUUUGAUACAUUAGUUGGCAUAAAAUUUAUAGCAAUUAAAUUUCAUAAAAUUUAAUUAUUGAUUUUGUUAGUUUCAUUAACUAAAUAGUGUUAUGGUAGCUUGUGUUGAAUAACUUAUGGAGAAUAUAUGAUUGCAUUUUGCAUUGAAUAAAUAAAAAAAAAAGGCACAAUACCGUGACUGGAAUGAUACACAAAUAACCUGCACAUAGAAGUGAGGAGCUUACGACAAC